CGUUUAUAUAGGUGAGGCAGUUUUUCGCCAGUAAAUGCGUUGACUAUUCACUCUGUUCUUCCUCUGCUUCUCACUCUGUUUUCUCCGAAACUUUGCGGUCGUUUUUGAUCGAGAAACACUCGAAAAUGGCUGAAGAAGUAUUUGUUGGUUCAAUUGAUCAAGGUACAACGAGCACCCGUUUCAUCAUCUAUGACCGUUCUGCCAAGGCUAUUGGAUCCCAUCAAGUUGAGUUCACACAGUUUUAUCCACAAGCCGGAUGGGUUGAACAUGAUCCUAUGGAAAUUCUUGAGAGUGUUCGUGUGUGUAUUACUAAGGCCGUCGAUAAGGCUACUGCUGAUGGCCAUAACAUUGAUGGUGGGUUGAAAGCUAUUGGUUUGACUAACCAGAGAGAAACUACUGUGAUCUGGAGCAAAUCCACGGGCAAACCUCUUCAUAAUGCAAUUGUUUGGAUGGAUGUUCGUACUAGCUCUAUUUGCAGGAAAUUGGAGAAGGAAUUAUCUGGAGGCCGAACACAUUUUGUAGAGGCUUGCGGCUUGCCCAUUAGCACUUACUUCAGUGCCACAAAGCUGCUGUGGUUGAUGGCAAAUGUGGAUUCUGUUAAGGAUGCAGUAAAAAAGGGAGAUGCCCUCUUUGGGACUAUCGACACUUGGCUCAUUUGGAACAUGACUGGAGGGGUUGAAGGUGGUUUGCAUGUCACUGAUGUCUCUAAUGCCGCAAGAACAAUGCUGAUGAACUUGAAAACACUUGACUGGGAUAAGACUACCUUGGAGACCUUGGGGGUUCCAGUUAGUAUAUUGCCGAAAAUAGUUAGCAACUCUGAGAAAAUAGGCAACAUUACCAAGGGAUGGCCUAUUACUGGGAUUCCCAUAUCAGGCUGUCUUGGGGACCAACAUGCAGCCAUGGUGGGGCAAGCUUGCCGAAAAGGUGAGGCUAAAAGCACCUAUGGAACUGGUGCAUUCAUACUUUUGAAUACGGGAGAAGAGCCAAUCAAGUCAAAUCACGGACUAUUGAGCACAGUCGCUUACAAGCUUGGGCCAAACGCUCCUACAAAUUAUGCUUUGGAAGGCUCCAUUGCUAUUGCUGGUGCUGCUGUUCAAUGGCUGCGAGAUAGCUUGGGCAUAAUUAGCAGUGCUAGUGAGAUUGAAGAGUUGGCGUCAAAAGUUGAUUCAACUGGUGGUGUUUAUUUUGUGCCAGCAUUUAAUGGUUUGUUUGCUCCUUGGUGGCGUGAUGAUGCUAGAGGGGUGUGUAUUGGGAUAACCAGGUUUACCAACAAGUCUCAUAUUGCUCGGGCUGUUCUUGAGAGCAUGUGCUUUCAAGUGAAAGAUGUGCUGGAUUCAAUGCAGAAAGAUGCUGGGGAAAAUAGAGAGGAUCGAAAUGAAAAGGGAGAAUUUUUGCUAAGGGUUGAUGGAGGUGCUACCGUGAACAAUCUUCUGAUGCAAAUUCAGGCUGAUUUGCUCGGUAAUCCAGUCGUAAGACCAGCUGAUAUAGAGACCACGGCUCUUGGAGCAGCUUAUGCUGCUGGAUUAGCGGUAGGCGUUUGGAGUGAAGACGAAAUAUUUGCAUCUGGAGAGAAGAUGAAGAAAGACACAACUUUUCGUCCAAUUUUAGACGAAGAACUGAGAAAGAAGAAGGCUGAUUCUUGGUGCAAAGCUGUUUCCAGAACAUUUGAUUUGGCUGAUUUGUCUCUGUGAUUUACAUCUGCAAAUACUGUGAAGUUUUACUUAAAAUGUCUCAUUUAUGCUCUUGUUAUUGAUUUCACUUAUGAAUAAAAGUGCUCGUUUCUGGUUCUUUGGUUUUAACACAUAUAAGCGUUAUGGAAAGGUUCUCUAAACUUAAUGAUGCUCGAUUCUCUUUUUUUUCAAC